CGCAAACAGACGUAAACAAGUCCACAUGUGUGAAGCAACUCCGGGGCCCGGCCGAUCGGGAAGGCACUGAAUCUCUUUUUUACGGCCCGUUAAAAGACGGAAUAGGGUCUUCAAAAUGCCGAAGGCACCAGUGCAAAAGAAAUGCCGAGUUCACAAAGAAGUGAGCAAGGUCAGCACCAAAGCUGGAGUGAAGGGAGCAAAGCCAGCAUCAGGAGCAACAGCCCAAGGAUUGGUCUUCAACACAGAUCUGGGUCAACACAUCUUAAAGAACCCACUAAUUAUCAACUCUAUGGUGGAAAAGGCUGCUUUAAAGUCAACAGAUGUAGUGCUUGAGGUUGGUCCAGGUACAGGUAACAUGACAGCCAAGCUUUUAGAAAAGGCCAAACGAGUCAUUGCCUGUGAAGUGGAUGCUCGUAUGGUAGCUGAGUUGCAUAAACGAUUUCUGAGCACACCAUACCACUCCAAGCUAGACAUAAGAAUUGGAGAUGUGUUAAAAGCAGACCUUCCAACUUUUGAUAUCUGUGUAGCAAAUUUACCAUAUCAGAUUUCUUCACCAUUUGUCUUCAAGCUGUUGCUUCACCGACCCAUUUUCAAAUGCGCAAUUCUUAUGUUUCAACAAGAAUUUGCUCAGAGAUUAGUUGCCAGACCAGGUGAUAAGCUAUAUUGCAGGCUUACUGUUAACACUCAGUUGUUAGCCAAGGUAGAUCACAUCAUGAAGGUUGGCAAAAAUAACUUCAGGCCUCCUCCAAAGGUAGAGUCAUCUGUUGUCCGAAUAGAACCGAAGAACCCAGUUCCAAAGAUCAACUUUUCAGAGUGGGAUGGUCUUCUUCGCAUUGCUUUUGUAAGAAAGAACAAGACUCUUGCUUCAGCUUUUAAACAAGCAUCAGUAAUACAGACUUUAGAGAAGAACUAUAAAACAUGGUGUUCUGUGCAUGAAAAGAAAAUCCCAGACGACUUCGACAUAAAGGCAAAAGUUGAAGAUAUUUUGGCAGAAGGUGAUUUUGACAAGAAACGAGCAAGACAGAUGGAUCAGGAUGAUUUUCUAGCAUUAUUACAUGCAUUUAAUAAAGAAGGAAUUCAUUUUGUAUAGGCAUUUAUAAUAUAGAGUUUAGGAAAUUAUAUUAAUCAAUUGCAAGGUCAACAGUUAAUAGCCAAUACUAUUCAGGUGUUUGUACCCUAGUGAAGGAUGGGGAAAUAUAUUUUUGUAAACCUCUAGAUCUUUCACACUAUUGUUUUAUUUCUAAUUUUCACUAUUAUCAUGAACUAUUGUUCUAGACAGUUUAUGGCCACCAGUUACUAAAGUUUCAUGCUUUUUCACAUUGAAUGGUGAAUGAUGAUAUAUUGAAUGUGUGUUAUUUAGUAAUAUUUAUCCAUCAUUAUUCAGCAUUCUGUGCAAGGAACACUUGAGACAUUUUCCCUCUCAUGUUGGUUUUUACUCUUAUUUAUCAACAUGUCAAAUUGCAUGGUGUGGGUGUGCAGGAUUUGGCUUGUGGUUGUUAUGUAUUUAUUAUUGGUGUGUAUAGAAGUAUGAUCUCAGUGUGAAACUAAUGAAAGAUUAAGGAAGCAUCAGUUGAUGUAAAUCUUUUAUGGUUGUGUAAUUGUGUGCUGCAUGUUGUAUAUAUGAAUUUCUAAUGCAUAUUCUUACUCUUAAAAACUUUUAGUUAUGAAACUUUGUCACUGACUGAUACACUCCAUUCACAAUAACCAUUCAUAACAACAGAAAUAAUUUCCUGCAAAUCAGGCAGUUAUCAAAAUUUUCACUCGUUAUAUUCCCAGAGACAGUCUACAUUUUCUGUAUUUUUUUUUUUUUUUUUUUUUUAAUAUCAUUCAGAGAAAAAAAUUAUCCUAUUUUAUUUAUUUAUUUUGUUCAUAACCUUGUGCACAGAAAGUUUCCAUGUUAUCUUGAUCUAGCAGUCUUGGGGAUCAACCUCUUCACACUUGCUGCUGAGCCAUAUCUGAUGUGUAUAAAAUGUUUACACGUGUGAGAAAAUCCUCAGUUGUAACUCGGAUCAACAGACAAAGGUUCUCUCUUUCUGGACCUCAGAGGGACUUCAGAGGCACUCUUGAUUGUUGUGCCAGUGUAUAGUAAUUACCAUGGUGUAUUUGUCGUGAAUCCACACUACCCUAAAUGAUUAAUGUUAGAUUUGUAUCUCAAAUAAGAGAGAGUUAAUGGGUAAAUAAAUGUAGAGGAUGAUAGAAAAUAUAAAUGUAAUUCGGAAUAUUAUAUUAGAGGUUAAAACAGAAAAGUGGUAAUGUUUGGGGAUGAAUAAGAUGUACAUUCAUGUCUGAGAAUUUCAUUUUAUAUAUUCAUUUUUUGUUUUUAUUGAAAUACUGGUUUGGAAGGUGAGUUUUUGGCUCUGCAGGUGAUCAGCUAGUAAAGGGUUUGGAACACUUUAAUAUAAGAUUGAUGUUCAUCUUGAUUUUGAACUUGCAUCAUUUUGAUGUUCAUCUUGAUUUUGAACUUGCAUCAUUUUGAUGUUCAUCUUGAUUUUGAACUUGCAUCAUUAGUUCUGUACCUUCUUAUUCUUAUUUUUUCUAUGCACUCUUGUCCUGAAUUUUGACUUUUGAAAGGUUGAGAUCUGAAAAUUAUGCAUGGUUUUUUUUUAUGUAAGCAAUUUUUUCCUUGAGAGCUGUUGGUAGCUUUUUGAAAUGGGGAUGAAUGCAUAUGCCAGCAGGCUGUGAAGUGUGAAAUUCAUAGCACAGAUAGAUUAUUAUUGGCCAAUUUUUCAUAAAUAUCAGGGCAGAGGUGGUAAUUUUUCAGUUCCCUCUUUUAUAUGUUAAUCACUUAUCCUCAUUAUUUUCCCGAUUUUUCAGGAAAAUUAUUUCAUGUUCUUCACCCCAGCAUUAUAUGUGUUGACAAAUUUUGUAUCAUGCUUCAUUGCAUACAGGGAGGAAAUUGGAAGCAUUUGGGCCACAUUAGCUUUAAUAAUUAUUAGCAAGUCAAUGCUUUGUGAGCUGUUUGAUAUUUGAAGCAACAGUGCAAUGCAUAUCCAUUGCCAGUCAGAAUCAUACUUAUGUCAGGAAUCUCGUGUGUCUUAGGUCUUUGAAUUUGAGUGUUGGUUGGUAAUAGUUUUGUUGAAAUCCUCUAUUUUGAGGUGAGUGUCGUGAAUACUAUUUAUUAGUUCAGGGACUGUGAAAAUGUCUAUUGAGCCUUGAGCCUUUCUUUCUUCAUACUGCAAGAUGUUUAGCUUACCUUGAUGGUUAUUCGGUAAUUAACAGAUCAAUGUCCAAGAUAACAAGGAUUAGAAUAUAAGAAUUAAUACCAAAUUAAGUAAGAUAGGCUCAAGGUGAUCUCACAUUUAGCUGUUGUAAUGUAAAAAGUUCUUUUCAUCAUCUGAGAAUGAAAUAGUUUGCAAAGUUUAACCCAUUGGUGAUUGGCAUAUGUAUUAUCCACUGUGGUUUGGUUUUAUUCAUUUUCUUUAUACAUAGAUGGCUUCACAAGGAGUUGGUCACCAAGGAGCCAGCUGAUCACACUUGUUUACCCUACUCCUAGAAUUUCUGGUGAAAAAAAUAUAUAUUGCUAUUAUUAUUAUCGUUAAUAACAAUAUUGUUAUUAUUGCUGUCAUCAUUAUUAUAGCAUUAUUUACAGUGAUAAUAAAAGUAGAAAUAUGUUUUUUACAAAUUCAGUUAUUGGGAUAAUCAGCAAAUUCAAGUAAACCUUGUUAUUGACUUCUGGAGCCACCUGCACGUAAAAGAAAUAAGUAAAACAAAAUCAUAAUGGACAGUACACGUAUACAUGUACUCUUGGCGUCAAACAGGUGAAGCACUGUGGAUAGUAUGGUGUGAGUCAACAUGGGAAGUAUGUGGUUGACCAAUUUUGAUAUCUAAGUAUAAUAGAGGAAGCAAUGUAUUUUGCAAUUUAUUUGGAAGUGUAAUCUUUAAUAUUCAGGAAUGUUUUUUUUAUGUUAAUCUUAUCUCUCUAUCUUACAUUUAUACUUCAAUUGGCAGUGUAUUGAUUCAGAAGUCUCUCUUGUGAAGAGUAUUGCAAAUAAUUAAAAAUAGUAGUCACUGAAAAUGUCUUUAUUCUUACUAAAAACAGGCUUUUAUCUCUCAAAAUCAGUUGCCAAUAGGAUAUCCAUGAUAUCUAAAUUCAUUCAAUAGGAUUAAACUUUGGGAUCUUUACCAUACAGAAAGCAUUUAAAUAAUAGUGAAAAAGUUACAUUACCCUCUGUUUACAUAGUUUACUUUUUAAAACCUUUACACAAAUAUUUGCUUUAUAAGAAGACUGCAGAAUAUCAAUUUUGGGAGUGGUGUGAAAAAGGUAAAACUGUGUGCAGUUCUAAUAGCUUUGAAAUGUUGAUGCAACAUUAGGGAAAUGUGACACCAGAUAAUGUUGAAAUAUCUUUGUAGUUCCUUUCAAAAAGACCUAGAAGAGAUGGGAAACAUAAGCCAGAUAUAAUAUCAACAGUACUGGUUUCAAUGCAGGUACUAUAUUGCCACAUAAUGUUUAUUUAACUGGUCAUAGUUUUCAUGGUCCUUAUAAAUUGGUAUAAUUAUUAUUAUUUUUUUUUGUCCCAAUACAUUUGAUUAUAAAUUAUUUGUGUAACAUAGACCAGUGGUGCGCUGUUCUGUGAUACUAAUUGCUCAACAUGAGGUAUGAGACACUAUGCUUAAAA